AUGGACGACACGCCUUCAACGAGCACGAGCUCCAGCGAGAAGGACACCGCAAAGGAUCAAGGUGGUGAUAUCCAGGACUGUCUCCGCGACUGCGACUACUCAGGCUCCAACGAGCCGCGCCCCGCAAAAACACCAGUCAGCGAUGGACAUUGCCGUCUCGACGUUGACGGCUUCGUAUGCCGCAUCGCCCGGAGUCGCCGAGGCGCACUGGUUAUCCUCUCGGUGACCAUGUUUGCCGAGGCGGUCUUUAGAAUCAGAGGCGUCGAGAAGGUGCACGAGGCAGCACUCGUCGUCUGCUACAUGCUGCUGUUUUGCUGGUCGUUGACCAUGUCCUACGCAGGCAUAUUGGGGUGA